GGAGGAGCGGAGCAGAGCAGAGCCGGUCGUGUGGCCGGGCUGGGCUGGGCUGGCGAUGGGCGAUGGACGGGGCGCUGAGCAUCGCGCUGCUGAGCCUGGCCAUGUUCGGGGGGUCGCUGCUCCUGGGGCUGAUCCCGCUGCUCGUUCGGCUGCCCGAGGCGAGGCUGAGGCAGGUGUCGGUGCUGGGAGCAGGGCUGCUGUGUGGGACGGCGCUGGCUGUCGUCAUUCCCGAGGGCAUCGAGCUGCUGAUGGCGGCCCCCCCCUCAGGCCGGCUGAGGAACCUGUCGCUUGACCCCGUCACCACGGAGUCGCCGGCGGGGGCCGAGGGCGGGGCCUGCGCUCCCUCGCACGUCUUCAUCGGGAUCGCCCUGGUCACCGGCUUCCUGCUCAUGUUCCUCAUCGAUCAGAUCACCGCCUGUAUCACCGGGCAGGGGCAGGGACAGGGAGAGCAGGGGAGGGGGGCACGGAGUAGGACCGGUCUGACCGCCACCCUGGGACUCGUCAUCCACGCUGCAGUAGACGGGGUGGCGUUGGGAACAGCCGCCGGAUCUUCCCAGAUCUCCCUUCAGGUCAUCGUCUUCCUGGCCGUGAUCCUGCACAAGGCUCCCGCCUCCUUUGGUCUAGUCUCCUACCUGCUGCACAUGGGGCUGGAGCGGAGGCAGAUCUACCGCCACCUGCUGGCCUUCUCCCUCGCAGCACCCCUCCUCGCCCUCACCACCUUCUUCAUCGUCCGCCAGAGCAGCCUGGAGUUGCUGCAGCAGACCAAGGCCACGGGCGUCGGGCUCCUCUUCUCCGCCGGCACUUUCCUCUAUGUUGCCUCCGUGCACGUCCUCCCCGAGGUCAGCGGACAGCGGCCCCACCCCGAGGUCGAGGGUCGGCUGGGCCUGGGACUCCUGGACAGCCUGACCAUGGUGCUGGGCUGUACCCUCCCAGUCCUCCUCUCUCUGGGGCUGCACGAUGCCCAGUGAUGCUCCCCCCCCCCCCCCCCCCACCAUGGACCUUACC